AUGUGUCGAUCCAGAGCUGGCCUCGAGGGCUCGUCGGUCGCCGUCCAGAGCCGCGAGCUGCUGCCCGCCAAUGUCGUGCCUCGCCACUACCAUCUGACCAUCGACACCGACUUCGACAAGCUGACCUACAAGGGCACCGUCGUCAUCGACCUGGAUGUCGCCGAAACCUCAAACUCCGUCUCCCUCCACACUCUCGAGCUGGACAUCCACAGCGUGAAGCUCUCCUCUGGUGGCCAGGCUGUCAACGCCACUCCCGCCAUUACCUACGAUGAAGCCACCCAGGUUUCCAAGUUCGACUUUGGCGGCUCCCACACUCUCGCAAAAGACAGCAAGGUGCAGCUGGAGAUCGACUUCACUGGCCAGCUCAAUGACAAAAUGGCGGGCUUCUACCGCUCUACAUACAAGAGAGAGGAUGGCACUGAGGGCAUCCUGGCCAGCACCCAGAUGGAGGCUACCGACGCCCGCAGAGCAUUCCCCUGCUUUGACGAGCCGGCUCUCAAGGCAAAGUUCACUGUCACGCUCAUUGCUGACAAGAACUUGACCUGUUUGAGCAACAUGGACGUUUCCUCCGAGACCGAGGUACAGUCCAAGGUCACUGGUGGAACCAGAAAGGCUGUCCACUUCAACACCUCCCCUCUCAUGUCCACCUACCUCCUUGCCUUUGUUGUCGGCGAGCUCAACUACAUCGAGUCGAGAGAUUUCCGAGUCCCCGUGCGAGUCUAUGCUCCCCCUGGCCAUGAUAUCGAGCAUGGCCGUUUCUCAGUCGACCUCGCUGCCAAGACUCUGGCCUUUUACGAAAAGGCGUUCGGUGUUGACUUCCCUCUGCCCAAGAUGGACCAGGUCGCCAUCCCAGACUUUGCCCAGGGAGCCAUGGAGAACUGGGGUCUUGUCACAUACCGUGUUGUUGACUUGAUGCUCGAUGAGAAGGCUAGCGGUGCUGCUACCAAGCAGCGUGUUGCCGAGGUUGUCCAGCACGAAUUGGCUCACCAGUGGUUUGGUAACUUGGUUACUAUGGACUGGUGGGAGGGCCUCUGGCUCAACGAAGGAUUUGCUACGUGGGCUUCAUGGUACUCGUGCAAUAUCUUCUACCCAGAAUGGCGCGUUUGGCAGACCUACGUCACCGACGACCUGCAGUCUGCCCUGUCUCUAGACUCUCUCCGAAGCAGCCACCCAAUUGAGGUCCCCGUGAAGCGGGCUGAUGAGAUUAACCAAAUUUUCGACGCCAUCUCUUACUCCAAGGGAUCCUGUGUGCUUCGUAUGAUUUCCACCUAUCUUGGGGAAGAUAAGUUCUUGGAAGGUGUUCGCCAGUACUUGAAAAAGUACGCCUAUGGCAACACUCAGACCAGCGAUCUCUGGGAUUCCUUGGCCGCCGUCAGCGGUAAGCCCGUGCACGAGGUUAUGACUGCAUGGACGAAAAAGGUCGGAUACCCCGUCCUGACCGUUACCGAGAAGGAGGGCGAGAACGCCAUUCACAUAAAGCAGAACCGCUUCCUCCGAACUGCCGAUGUCAAGCCCGAGGAAGACCAGACCUUGUACCCCAUCUUUUUGGGCCUCAAGACCAAAGAUGGUGUCGAUCAGACGGUAGCUCUGAAUGAGCGAGAGAAGGAGUACAAGGUGCCCAGCACCGACUUCUUCAAGCUCAACGCCAACCACACUGGAAUCUUCCGAACGCUGUACUCCCCAAGCCGCUUGGAGAAGCUUGGUCAGGCUGCAAAGGAGGGACUUUUGACUACUGAAGACAGAACUGGUAUGAUUGCUGAUGCUGCUGCGCUCGCAAGCUCCGGUUAUGGAAAGACGUCUGGCGUCCUCAACCUCCUCAAGGGAUUUGAUUCCGAGACCGAGUUCGUUGUUUGGAACGAGAUCAUCUCCCGAAUUGGCUCCAUCCAAGCUGCUUGGAUGUUUGAAGACGAGGCUGUUCGCGAUGGUGUUCGAACAUUCUUGAGAGAGCUCGUCAGCCCCAAGGCUCACCAGCUCGGAUGGCAGUUUUCUGACUCCGACGGCCACGUUGAGCAGCAGUUCAAGGCCGCGCUCUUUGGCAGCGCUGGCCUGAGCGGCGACGAGACUAUUGUUUCGGCCUCGAAGGAAAUGUUUACCAAGUUUAUGGCUGGUGACAAGUCUGCUAUUCACCCCAAUAUUCGUAAGAGUGUAUUUGCGAUUGCCCUCAAGUUUGGCGGUAAGAAAGAGUAUGAUCAAAUUUUGGAGCUGUACCACGCAUCAACCAACAGUGACGAGCGCAACACCUGUCUCAGAUCGCUUGGUCGAGCCAAGGAGCCCGAGCUUAUUAAGAGAACUCUCUCCUUGCUGUUGAGCGGCGAGGUCAAGGAUCAGGACAUCUACAUGCCUGCUGCUGGACUGCGCACCCAUCCCGAGGGUAUUGAGGCACUCUUUACCUGGUUGACUGAGAACUGGGAGGAGCUCUACAAGCGACACCCCCCCACCCUGCCAAUGCUCAGCCACAUGGUGUCACUCCUGACGUCUGGCUUCACCACCCCAGAGCAACUUGAGAGAAUCGACAAGUUCUUCAGCGGCAAGAACAACAACGGAUACGACCAGUCGCUCGCACAGAGCAAGGACUCUGUCCGAUCCAAGAUUUCCUGGUUGGAGAGAGACCGACAGGAUGUGGCCGACUGGGUCAAGGCCAACGGAUAUUCGAAGUAG